AUGUCUAUUGGCGUACCGAUCAAAUUACUUCAUGAAGCUCAAGGCCAUAUUGUAACUCUAGAAUUAAACAAUGGAACUGUUUAUAGAGGAAAAUUAUCUGAAGUAGCAAGAGCUCAAGGUGGACGUGGCAGAGGUUUUCGAGGUGGUCCCCGUGGUCGCAGUGGUCGUCCUUAG